ACUGUAAAUAAAUAAAUAAAUACAGCUACAGCACUGAAAGACUAUGUACUAUAGACAAGGUGGGAUGGAACUGAAAUCCGGAAUACAUUACGCUGGCUAGUUGUAUUUUGUCUAAUUUUUAAUGUUGCUAUUUAUUUACAAGUGUUAGGCCUAUACCUAUUCCGUAAAAAUAAUUACAUUGUUGGAAUUUGAUGCCUUGUGAUAAAAGAUGAAUGUUGGGCAGUCAGAAAACGGAGUCAAUGAGUCACCUUAUACAGUUCAUGUUCUUUAUGAUGGUUACUCAAAAAUGGUGAGUGAAUCUGAAAUGGAAGCUAACGGCACCUGUACUCUGAUUAAAGGAAGGCUCAAUCUGAUAGUGGACACCAUGACUCCAUGGGAUAAAGAUGUCAUUGUUACUGCCUUAGGCAAACACGGAGUGAACGUGAAUCAGAUUGACUACGUAAUCAGCACACAUAGCCACUCCGACCACACCGGCAACAACAACCUCUUCCUGAAAGCUAAACAUAUCGUGGGAUUCAGCAUUAGUUAUAAACACAAAUACACAAUACAUCCAUUUGAUGAAGGAAAACCAUAUGUGAUUGACAAAGACAUUUCAAUUAUCCCUACUCCAGGCCAUACUCAUGAUGAUGUCUCAGUUGUCGUCAAUACAAAGAACCAAGGAACUGUUGCGGUUGUAGGUGAUUUGUUUGAACGGGAGGAAGAUUUGGAAGAUCCUGAACUAUGGCGGACAGUUGCAGGAAGUCAAAGUCCAGAAAGACAAGAAGAGAAUAGAAACAAAGUAUUGAGAUUGGCCAACUACAUCGUCCCCGGCCAUGGUCCUAUGUUCAGAGUUACAGAUGCGAUGAAGAAGAAAGUUGAGUUAUAGAUAUGACUUAUGUAAAUUAGGUGUUUAUAUUGUGAAGAGAAUUUUUGUUUGUUCUGGAAGUGAUCUAAAACAAUAACUUGUAUGCCACUUACAGAAGGUUGUCCUCUGGAAGGAUGGUAACAAAAUAAAAGAUACUUAUUUUUUGU